AUUUUGCUUCAAUUUUGUGUACAAAUUACUAUUAAAAUAUAAACACUCUUUCUAUCUCUACUUCUGAAAAUACAGUAAAAAAAAAAAGUUAGAUAUGCCAAAAAUAUCAUCGACAACCUCUUUAACCCGACAAAAUGCUUUUCUAUUAGAAAAAAACCAAGUGUUAAUACAGUUGGAUCCGAUCUGUCAGAUAUGUCAAAAACAUCAGCUUUCAAGAAGUCUUAUCGUCCCCUGCCAAUGUCAAACAUCUGCUCAUAAAGACUGCUUUGUCAAAUGGCUGAAAGCCAACGGUUAUCCAAAGUACUGUAGUAGCUGCAAAUCGAGAUAUACCAUAGUUCUGAUACCCCUCUGUAAGUAUCACAAAAACAACCUCAAUUCAGUUCGAGCUCUAUUGACCCAUUUACAAUAGAUAAAAGAGCAGCGCUGUUUAUCAUCAUUACAUUGGCUAUUUUGACUUCCAUUUACUCUAUUUUAAGCAUUUGCUAUUGUGCAAAAAUCGAAUCAUUACCGAGAGAUAGAGUUUACGAACAAUUUGGACAAGAGACCUUUCAAGAUGUACCUCAAAGGCUGAUAUUGCCAAGCAUUGUUUAUCUCUCUUUAUCAUGUAUUU